ACGUGUGUAGUGUAUAGUGUAGUGUAUAGUGUAGUGUAGGUACUGCACCUUGAACUUCCCUCGUACCGUACAUAUCCAACCGCGCUAAUCGCAGGGGAAGGAUAUUAAACUAAACACAAAGUAUCGAUUAUCCGCCCGAUUAAUCGCGUUUCGCCUCUCGAUUCAUGCGCCUCCCGUUCAACCGCUCUCCCCUGCUGUUUAUCCGCUCUCUCCACCCGUUUAUCCGCUCUCUCCACCCCUUUAACCGCUCUCCCCACCCGUUUAUCCGCUCUCCCCACCCGUUUAUCCGCUCUCUCCACCCCUUUAACCGCUCUCCCCACCCGUUUAUCCGCUCUCCCCACCCGUUUAUCCGCUCUCUCCACCCGUUUAACCGCUCUCCCCAACCGUUUAACCGCUCCCCGCUAGCGUUUAACCGCUCUGCCCUCCCGCUAAUCUGCUGUGCGAUGGACUGGACACCCUCAAAUGUCAGCGGAGCCGGGGAGAGUGGUGGUGGUGGCGGCGGUGAUAGCCCCACCACCGUAUCAUCAUCAUCAUCUUCACCGCCGCCAUCUACAGCCGCCAGACAGAAGCUCCUGGGCCUGUCCAAAGACGAACUCGUCGCAAGAAUCGAGGAGCUCAAGAGGAAGGUGGCGGCCAUGAGCGAGGCGUCCAGGUCGAGGCCGCCGGGCUACGGGGGCGGUGGCGGUGACGGCAGAGGUGGCGGCAGCAGAGGAGGAGGUGGUGGUGUUGGUGGUGGCAGAGGCGAUGGUGGUGGCGAUGGUGGUCAUCACGGUGGCGAUGGCGGUGGCGAUGGUGGCGAUGGUGGUCAUCGCGGUGGCGGUGGCGAUGGCAGAGGAGGAGGAGUCAAAGGUGGCAAGGCUGGCAAAGGCAACAAGGGCAGAGAGGGUGGCAAAGCGGCGGUGGCACGGAGGCCGUUUGACUUCUCCAGGCACAAUCGGCGCCACGUGCUUCUCAAGCUCGCUUACCUGGGCUGGGACUACCAUGGGUACGCGGCCCAGGACAACACUCGCAACACUGUGGAGGAGCAGCUGUUCGAGGCGCUGGACAAGACGCGGCUCGUCGAGUCGCGUCAGGCGGCCAACUACCACCGCUGCGGACGCACGGACCGAGGGGUGAGCGCCAUCGACCAGGUGGUGUCCAUCACCCUGCGCUCCAACCUCGCUCAAGGCAAAGGCGUCAUCCCCACGCCCAAUGCCGACGUCCCUCCGGGAGCGACGGAGCUCCGCUACGCACACAUCCUGAACAAGGUCCUCCCGCGUGACAUCCGCGUGCUGUGCUGGGCCCCCGUUGAGGCUGGCUUCAGCGCGCGUUUCGACUGCAGCCGCCGCCGCUACCGCUACUGGUUCCCUCGCGGGCGCCUGGACAUCGUGGCCAUGAGGGCGGCCGCCCUGGGCCUCGUGGGCAGCCACGACUUCCGCAACCUGUGCAAGAUGGACGUGGCCAACGGCGUCGUCGGCUUCCGCCGCACGGUGAUCAGCGCGGACGUGAGGCGUGCCGACGGUGAGGAGGGUGGGUGAGGGGUGCCGGUGGUUGUUUGGGAGGUGGGGUGGUG